AUGGCGGCCGUGUGGAGAUUUCCUAAUGGCGUCAAAUUAAGCCAAAAUAUUUUAGGAUUUUUAAAGAUUUCUUUGAGAUUUAAUUCUGCAGCUGGAACUGCACCUAUUCAUAGCAAUCUAAACUGUGGCUCACAAGCAGGUCCACUAGUAGUAUACGAUGAUAUGGUUGCUAAUGGUAACCUCAACAAGAAUGAUAACCAAAGAAAAAUAGUUGAAAAUUUACAAGAAUUGUUUGUGAAAGUUCAGACAUAUCAACCAAACCCUGGAGGGACAUUAAGUAAGAUUUUUGGCUUUGGAAAAAGUAAAAAGGCACCCAAAGGGAUAUAUCUUCAUGGUAGUGUUGGGUGUGGUAAGACGAUGUUGAUGGAUCUAUUUUAUGAAAGUGUACCAGUUGAUAAGAAAGUCAGAGUUCAUUUUAAUUCCUUCAUGUUGGAUGUACAUUCAAGAAUUCAUAAACAGAAGAAACUACUUCCUCCUCGGGAUCCUCAGUCUAUUCGCUCACAGCCUUUUGAUCCGAUACCACCAGUAGCUACAGAAAUUAGUCAAGAAUCAUGGUUACUCUGCUUUGAUGAAUUCCAGGUAACGGACAUUGCAGAUGCCAUGAUUUUGAAGAAAUUAUUUACAGUAUUAUUUGACAAGGGAGUUAUUGUAGUUGCGACAUCCAAUAGACACCCUGAUGAUCUGUACAAACAUGGACUGCAAAGAAGUAAUUUUGUUCCUUUUAUACCAAUUUUAAAGAAUCGAUGUAAAGUGCUGUGUUUAGAUUCAGGAAUUGACUAUCGACUGAUAGAUAUAUCUAAUGUCGGAAAGGUCUAUUUUAGCUCUUACGAUGAAAAUUCGACCAAAGAGCUUGAUUGGAUUUUCUCCAAUAUAGCAGAACAGGAAGCCGUCAGUGGCAGGUGUGAGAUUGAAGCAAAAGACAUCGAGAUCAGUAAGGGUGGGCGGACAAUACACGCGCCAAUCACGUGCGGACGUCUGGCAGACUUUACCUUUGAACAGCUUUGCAUGAAGCCGGUAGGAGCUGCAGAUUACCUUGCAUUAUGCAAACACUUCGAUGUCAUAAUAUUAAGAGAUAUUCCACAGAUGACUUUGUACAGAAAGACUGAAGCUCGACGGUUCAUCACACUGAUUGAUGCUCUGUAUGAUAACAGGGUUCGUUUGGUCUGCUCCGCCCAAGCAUCGCCUGCAGAUCUUUUCCAAGCUUCACCACUGAGCCAAAAGGACAUAGAAGACCAAAGAAUGCUGAUAGAUGAUCUACAGUUAACAUCAGCUGAUGAUAUCGACAUAAACGCUAGCAUUUUCACCGCAGAGGAAGAAAUCUUCGCCUUCGAAAGGACUAUUUCCAGAAUGAUGGAAAUGCAGAAGGAAGAAUAUUGGAAUUCACCAGGAAUGAGAACAGAUAAACAUGAUUAACGUCAUGAUAUCAACGAGAAACCUCUAUAGAAGAAGCAUUCUAAUUGGCUACUGUUUUAAGACUAUUCAGACCACGUGUGGUUGCUUUUAGGAAUAGACCCUUGCAACACAUCAGAGUUAAUACAGCUCAAUUUGGAAGACAAUAGAUUGGAAUUUUUUUGGCUUUGUCCUCCAAAUUGAGCUGUUUUGACUUCAAGUGCAAGAAGUCUUUGUUUGAGCCUCGUCUAUAUUUCUGUUUCUUCUCAAAUACUACUGCUAAACGAAGGAAUAAUACUCAAGAGAAUAAAAAAAAGAUCUGAAAUG